AUGCAGUGGAGCCCUAAUCCCAUGCGGGCCACGAGAAUCCCCUCCCGUAUUAAACUCAGAGCUCGCCCUUCGGCGGUGUACCACCUGGCAUCACCGAGGAGUCGCAAGGUCUCAGGCGAACCUAAUACUCCUGGGGAGAGCGAGUCCUUCCGGAGAGCAAACAUGUUUAAAGCGAGCGAUGAGACUGCUUGUUGCGCUACUUCUUCGCGCGCGGCGGCGGCAGGGACAACGUACCAACGAAAACAGUACCACCGACAAAAUUACCACCGCGAACAGUUACCACCAACACAGUACCCCAACAACAUACCACCAACAUAUUUACCACCAACAACAGUAGCCACCAACAACAUAACCACAACACAGUACCACCACACCAGUACCACCAACAACAGUAGCCACCCAACAACAGUACCACCGAACAACAUACCACCAACAACAGUACCACCACAACAGGACCACCGACAAUUCCACCAACACAGUAACCCCGACAAAAAGUACCACCAACAACAGCUACCACCGACAAAAGUUACCACCAACAACAUACCAGCCAACAACAAGUACCCACCAACAACAGUACCCCACACAGUACCAACAACCCAGUACCACCAACAAAUUACCACCAACACAGUACCACCAACACCAGUACACCAACAACAGUCCAACCGACAAAAAAAGUACCACCAACAACAGCACCCCAACACAUUACCACCAACAACAGUACCACCGACAAAAGUAACACACCAACACAGUACCACCAACAACAGUACCACCACACAGUACCAGCAACAACCGUACCACCAACAACAGUACCACCAACAAACAGUACCACCGACAAAAUACCCAACCACCAACAACAGUGACCACCACACAGUAUCCACCGACAAAGUACCACCAACAACAGUACCUAAGACCAACAACAGUACCACCACAAAAUUACCACCGACAACAGCUGCACCCGACAACCAGCCGCAACCGGACAACAGUCGCACACACACAGUCGCACCGACGAAAAGCUGGCACCGACCACUUGCACCGACAACAUCUUGCACCGACAACAGCUGCACGACAACAGUCGCACCGCAACAGUACACCGACACAGCUGCACCGACAACAGUCCGCACCGACAACAGCUUGCACCGGACAACAGCUGCACCGACAACGGUCGCACCGACAACAGCUGCACCGACAACAGACUGGCAAGUAGCACCGACAACAGUCGCACCGACAACAGCUGCACGACAACAGCUGCAACGCAAACCGCUGCACGUACACCAGCCGCACCGACAACAACCCGCACACGACAACACCCGCACGCGAAAACAGCUUGCCCGACAACUCCGCACCCGCACAGCCGCACCGACAACAGCUCCCGACAACAGCCGCACCGACAACAGAGCCCGUCACCGACACAGCUGCACCGACACAGACUUCCCCAGAGACAACAGGCCGCACCGACAACCUGCUGCACCGACACAGCGCACCGACAAACAGCCGCACCGGACAACGCUGCAAACCGACAACAGCCGCACCGACAACCGCUGCACCGACAACAGUCGCACCGACAACACUCGCACCGACAACAGCUGCACCGACAACAGCUGCACCGACAACAGUCGCACCGACAACCGCUGCACCGACAACAGCCGCCCGGACAACAGAGCCGCACACCGACAACAAAUGAACCGACACAUCCCGCAGCCGCACAGCCUGCCACCGUCAACAGUCGCACCAGACAACACUCGCACCGACAACAGCUGCACUCGACAACAGCUGCACCGACAAACAGUCUCACCGACAAAACGCCGCACCGACAACAGCCGAACCGACAACACCCGCACCGACACACUGCACCGACAACAGCCGCACCGGACAACAGCCGCACCGUACACAGCUGCACAACCGACAACAGCUGCACGCGACAACCGCUGCAACCGACAACAGCGCACCGACAACAGCCUGCACGACACACCGCACCGACAACCGCUGACCGACAAACAGCUGCACGACCAACCGCUGCCCGACAACAGCCGCACCGACAACAGCCGCACCGACAACAGCCGCACCGACAACAGCUUGCACGACAAACAGCCGCACGACACAGCUGCACCGACAAAAACAGUCCGCACCUCGACAACAGCCGCACCGCCCACAGCCGCACCGACAACAGCUGCACCGCAACAGCGCACAGACAACAGCCGCACGAACAACCGCUGCAAGCACCGACAACACCCGCACCGACCACACCCGCACCGACAACAGCUGCACCGACAACCGCUGCACCGACAACACCCGCACCGACAACAGCUGCACCGCAACAGCUGGCACUCGACGAAAACAGCUGCACCGACAACCGCGCACCGACAACAGACCGCACCGAACACCAGCCGACCGCACCGACCAACCGCUGCACCGACAACACUGCAACCGACACAGCCGCACCGACAACCGCUGCACCGACAACAGCCGCACCGACAACACCAGCACCGAAAACACCGCACCGCAACCGACACAGCUGCACCGACAACAGUCGCACCAGAAACAACAUCUGCAAGCCCGACACGCUCUGCAUCCGACAACCGCUUGCACUUCUGCCGACCGACACUAACGCCCACGCACCGGGGGACAACACCCAUCCCCGACAACCAGCUGCAAGCCUACAACACUGCCUCACCUGACAACAAAACACCCGAACCGGACAACACCCCACCGACAACACCCGCCACCGACAACCUCUGCACCGACAACACCCGCACCAACAACCAGCUGCCUCACCGACAACACCCGCACCGACAACAGCUGCACCGACCAAACAUCCGCAGCAGCGACACGACCCGCAAACCGAUAACAGCUGCACCGACAACAGUUGCAAAGCACCGACAACAUUGCAACCGACAACAGUCGCACCGACACCGCUGCAACCGACAACCACGCACGAACAAAACCAUCUGCACCGCAACAGUUGCACUCGACACACCGCCCGCAACCGCCAAAAACACCCGCCCAGACAACAGCUGCAGCCGACAACAGUUUGCCCGACAACAGGCCGCACGACAACAGCUGCACGACAACUCCCGCAACCCGACAACAGCUUCGACCCGGACAACACCCCGCACCGACAACAACCCUGCACCUGUAACAACCACCCGCACCGACAACACUCCGCACCGACAACAGUUGCCCGACAACAGCCGCCAGACAAUCAGCUGCACCGACAACGAACACCCGCCCCGACAACCGCUGUCACCGACAACAUCCGCAACAGGGGGGGGGGGGGGGGGCAACACCGCAGCACCGACAACAGCUGCACCGACCACACCCGCACGCGACACCAGCUGCACCGACACCGUCGCACCGACAAACAACACCCGCACCGACAACACUGCAACCGACACCAGUUGCACCGCCAACAGCCUCACCGACAACACCCUCACCGUCAACAUCUGCACCGACACAGUUUGCCCGACCCACAGUCGCCACCGACACAGCUGCACACGACACACCGCACCCGACAACACCCGCAAUGAAUUAAACUCAUCUGUCCAGAAAAUGGACUUUAUACGUCAUCCACGCAAAUGCCGCAGUAUGUGUUUCUUGUGCCAACUCGUGGCUCUUAUGGUUACGCCAUGCCCAACUGGUCUUCAUUACAGAUCCGAUAAUCAGAACUGCGAGACUUAG